ACAAGUGGUCAGAUUAAUUCUGACGGUAUCAAAAAAAAGAGAGAAGUGAAGGAUAGUGUGGCGACUUGCCGGACUGUAAUGAGGAAGUUGCGGGAAAACAACCGAUCAUGUGUGAUGCUCAGAAUCAGAAAAUUAGCAUCAGAUCAGCAUAUUUACAUUACGUGUGAAGCUUUACCGUGUCAUUCUUUUGCCAAUCAGAGCAAGAGUUGGCACCUACUGGGAGCUCUGACAAGUUUGCCAGGAAAACGAAACUCAAGGGAAUCAGCAGAUAGAAAAAAGCAAUGGAAAGCAAGGUAGUAGACGUUGAGCUCAAAGAGAUUGCGAAGGUCGAGGAGGAUAAGGAGAAGGAAGAUCAAGAGAAGGAAGAGACGAAAGCUGAUGUUGCAGAAGAGGCUGUAUAUGAAGGGAAUAUUUAUUCCACUCUCACCAAUCCAUGUGAGCAUGAAUAUGGUGUGCCCUCUUCAGCUCGCUCUUAUACGGUCAAUAAAGAUGCAUCAGUUGAUAUUCACCGGCAACUCCGUGUUUACCGCAUCGCUGUGCUGGUUCUUUUUGUCAUCUGCGUCCUGUUGCUGAUUGGGCUCCUUGUGCUGUCUCUGAAGUUGACUGGGACGCAGCCAUGUCAAGCGGUCGAGCAGCUUGACAGAUCUCUGCCGGAACAGGACGUGCAGACUUGCGACUUGAAGAAAUGCGAAGCGGUUUACCCGCAGCCUCAGCGUCUGUGCAUUGAAUGUGGCAGGGGCUGGUAUAAGUUUGAGAAUACUUGUUACCACCUGUCUCGUAAUCGUCUCACUUGGCAGCAGAGCAGGAAGGAAUGCCAGAGGAUGGGAGGAGAUCUGGCCGUCAUUACUAAUGAACGUGUACAGAUGUAUCUGAGUAAGAAAAAAGGGAAUACUGGAUUGCACUACUGGAUUGGACUAAGUCAUUUGGAGAAAAAUGAAUGGACAUGGAUUAACAACACUGUACUGACCGUGAGAUAUUGGGGAGAUCUUUCCUUUCCUGGAGAGUGUGCCAUCCUGGAUGGAAAUGAACCACCUGAGCGGAGCUGGCGCCCAUCGUCCUGCACUUUAUUCUUACAGUACAUCUGCCAGAAGAUGUAGAUGUCCGAACAUCAUCUAUACCCACUGAAAUCACCAUAUAUCUGCAUAUCAUAACUCAACAAAUACUCAAGAUAAUCAUCUUUCCUCUAAAGAUUCUAGUCAGAAAUAGGGACAUUUGGUCCAUCAACACAGUGCAAAGCUUUUUUUGUAUUUUUUUUUUUGUGCAGCCUUACAGGUGCAAAAAAAAAGCAUUUUUAGAAAAUAUCCAGUUUAUCUGUAUUACAGUUGCACUCAUAUCUAACUGUACUGAUCAUUUAUACGAAGUAGUGCUGUCAAACGAUUAAACGCAAUUAAUCACAUCCAAAAAAAAAAAGUUUUUGUUUCCAUAAUAUUUGUGUGUGUACUCUGUAUAUUUAUUAUGUAUAUAUAAAUACACACAUGCAUGUAUAUAUUUAAUAAAAAAUAUGUUUAUACAUUAAACAUAUUUAUAUAUAUAUAUAUAUAAUAUAAAUUCUAUGAAUAUGAAUAUAUACAUGUAAAUAUUUUCAAAAUAUAUACUGUAUGUGUGUAUUUAUAUAUAUACAUACAUAAUAAAUAUACCCACUACACACACAUAAAUAUUAUGGAAACAAAAACAUUUAUUCUGGAUGCAAUUAAUUGUGAUUAAGCACUAAUACAAAGCUUGUUUAUUUGCACUAAAUAUGUCUAAUUGUCACACGAUAAUGUUUUGUAUUGCUCAUACUUUCUCUGAAAUGUCUUUUGGCAUUGUUUAAUUAAACUUCCACCACCAAUUCA